CCUAAUUCAUAUUCUCCAUUAGUUUUGCUUUUCAAGGUGCGAUGAUGCUCUGGUGUGUGUGAUCUCCACACCUCUUCCUGUGGGUGUUAAGCCACACAGUAACCCCUACGGUGCCAUGGCUGAGGUGUUGGGACAGAGGAGCUUAUUGGGGUUUGGUGUGUUGGUGGCAUGGCUUGUGCUGUUCCACCUGCUUGUCAACAUCUGGCUGCUCUGCGUGUUCACCAGCCUGCUGGUGGUGCUGGGUGGCUGGCUAGGCUCGCAGGCUGUUCUAGAGUCGGACAGUGUGAUUCACCUGGAGAGGUUUAUUACACUAGAGCAGGUUCCACCCUCUGUGGAGGAUGAUCAUCGCUUGGACCAGGAGAUCCACAAUACAGUGAGGAAAAUAAUCAGGGACUUUGUCACCUCCUGGUACUCCACUGUGUCCUCUGAGAGUGUUUUUGAAACAGAGGUUCAAGAGGCCAUGAUCUAUAUGGCUAUGGAGCUGAAAAGGCGUGCCAGACAGGUUGACAGGAAGGAGCUGACCCAGAGGAUCCUCAAUCUGUUUGGCUGCCACCUGCAGGACUACAUCAGAGCCAAGGAGCUGGUGGCCAAGCAGCAGACGCCCAUGAGGGCAAAGUGGAGCAGUGAGAGCGAGCAGCUCUGGAAGGCAUAUUCCAGUGUUACCACACCUCAUCUCGCCAUGACCAGUGAAACAGUGGAACUCAACUACACCAGAGCAGUUGUAGAUUUGUUGUUGCAUGUUUUGGUGCCAUCGCCGCAUUUGGAGACCCGCACAGGACGGUUUGUUGUUGGAGAGCUCAUCACCUGCAACGUCCUUCUCCCUCUUAUUGCAAAACUGUCCGACCCUGACUGGUUAAACAUGCUUAUAAUUGAAAUAUUCGGGAAGUCCAGCAAACCUCAGGAACCAAUCACGACAGAGCCACUGACUUCAUCCCCGCCACUGCCACCGCCACCUGCUGAGUCCGAGUUCGCUCCGCCACAGGAGACGACACAGGUGCCUCAAAAGAAUAGUGAAGUUCCUCCAGCGAGAGCAGAGACUGACACUGUCCAUGAGACGGAGAUGCCUGAGGUUCCUGCCUAUGACGUGUUUGACUGUGAGGAGGUGGACUGUCCACAGAACAACACAGAGGAAGAAGAAACUACUCGACCAUUUCUAGAUCAUUACAUGAGAGGAAGCAAAUCAAACCCGUUUUACCAGGAAAAUGACUCUGACCUGGAUUCUCCUCUGGCUGACUAUAAACAGAGUUCCACUGAUUCCCUGGUCAUGAUUGGCCAAGAGGAGGGCCUGUAUGACAGACGGAAAGAAUGUGCCACAUCUGCGGAAAACAACAAUGGCGUGGACUUGGAGGAUGUGUGUCCCUGUCCAGUGGAUGGCUCCUGUCCAGACAUCCUGGUGAAUUCAGAACAUCCUGUUGGCUUCGGCCCCUCAUCAGUCAGGACAGCAGAGGGGACUCACAGUGUCAGCAGCCCCCAGGACCUGGAGAGGGAGGGCAGUUCCCCUUCAGUAAACCUAACCAGAGAACUUCUUCUGGGUGUAGAGCAGACUGGAUUGGGGAACCCCAAUGAAAUGACUGUAGUCAGUCCAGUGCAGGGUUCCUCCCCUAUGCCAUCCUUCAGUUUUGAGCCCCUCAGCAGCCCCGAUGGACCCGUCAUGAUCCAGAACCUCCGCAUCACUGGCACCAUCACAGCUAAGGAGCACAGAGGCACCGGCUCACAUCCCUACACACUGUACACCAUCAAAUAUGAGACAGCGAUGGGUUGUGAGAACUCAGGGAGCGUCCAGCCAGGCUCUGAGGACUCUGAAGACGUACAGACGAGUUGCGAGAAUCCGUCUCGCAUUCAGCCCGUAGCCUAUCACAUGGUCAACAGACGAUACAGCGAGUUCCUCAACCUGCAAACACGCCUGGAGGAAAAAACAGAGCUAAGGAAACUCAUCAAAGGUGUGAAAGGUCCAAAGAAAAUAUUUCCAGACAUGCCGUUUGGAAACAUGGACAGUGAUAAGAUAGAGGCCCGGAAAGGACUGCUAGAAACCUUUCUGAAGCAACUCUGUGCCAUCCCUGAAAUAGCCAAUAGUGAAGAGAUGCAGGAGUUUCUUGCUCUCAACACAGACGCCAGGAUUGCCUUUGUGAAGAAACCCUUCAUUGUGUCACGCAUAGACAAGAUUGUGGUGAAUGCCAUUGUGGACACCCUGAAGACAGCCUUUCCUCGUUCAGAGCCCCAGAGCCCGACAGAGGAUAAUGAGGGAGAGGUGGAUGGGAAAAUAAGCGUGGACAAGAAGAGCAAGUCCCGUCUGAAGUUCUCUAGUAAAAACAUUCCCUCUAUGAAUGGCUCAGACAUAAGACCACCGGUUUUGUUCAGUUGGGAGCAAACCAACACAGUGUUUAACAGGAUGUCCUUGGAAGAUUUGCAAGCCUUUAUCACUGAACAAGAAAAAUUGGCCACCAGAGCCGAGCCACAGGGGGAGGACAGUCCAGUAGUCGGGGAUUUCAGAGGCGGUCUGGAUGACAGCUUGAGAGGAAAGCAGAGUCAGGAAUGUGUAUCUGAGACAGCUCUGGCUGAGGUGGCUCUGAACAUCCUGUGUCUGCUGAUGAAGGAGCAGUGGAGCUGGCUGUGCACUGAAAACAUUCAGAGGACCAUCAGACUGCUGUUUGGGACCAUUAUUAACAGAUGGCUGGAUGUGAGUGUAGCCAACCUGACGUGCAAAAGGUACUGGGUGGUGUACCUGCAGGUCAUCCAGGAGGCCGUAUGGCCAGGUGGAGCUCUGCCUACGUCCCCUCGACUUGAGCGCAGCCAGCAGCAGAAGGACACCACCAAGCAAGAGGCCUUGCACUGUCUGAUGAGAAUCCUACCGGAUCUGGUCUCAGAAAUGCUGGGCUCAGAUAAGUACAAACUCAGCUGGCAGACUGCACUGGACUCACUUCAAGACCCCUACAUUAACAGAUGCAACCGCUUUGUUUGCUGAUGGAGGCGCUGGCUCGUGUUAACAAGCAGGUGUAUCUAAUCAAGUGGCCGGGGAGAGUAUGAGCUCACUUGCACACACACAGACAGAAACACACUCACCUGGAAUCGUCCAGUGUGGACUAAUUUCUCCUCUAAACAACAGGCUGUUGACUAAACAACAGUUUAAGAAGUCGAAAAAGGUUUACAGAUGUAGGAAAAAAAAAAACCUGACUGACUCUAACCGAGGGUGGAGGAGCCCUUCACCACUUACUGAAUUUGUCCGGGCAGACAGCUCUACUGAAGGUCUCACUGGUUUCAGACUCGUUCCGUUUGAUAAUGACGUCUGUCGUAGUCCAACGGACACAGUUCAACUGUGUUUGAACCUCAUGACUUAAUUUGAGCUCUGCCAUGGACUGUGAACUCUUACACAUUUAAUCCAUGUAGACAGGUACAGUGUGUGCCUUUCUAAAUUGUAUCCUGUGGUGUGAAUUUGUCCCCCUGUGGGCUUGUUGUUGCACAUGAGGUUAGUUGUACUGAAAUCUCAGGGAUGAUCAGAUCAAACACGAUGUGACCAAGCUUUAUUUAGGCCAGUUUUUCACCCUGGGUUUGUUUGUCUGAGUCUUAGUUUGGACUCUGAGCUCACCGCCCUCUCUGGAAGAGGCCAGCUCUGCGUCCUCAUUUGCUAACUGUUGAUCAUUUGUUUUAAUUUAGUGUGACGCUUAAAUCUCCACUCUGUAAACACUGAUGUUAUAAUGCGAACGGCUCCUGAUGAUGAAAGCAUCAAGUCAAGGUUUUCAGUAGUUUCAUUCUGUAAAAAGCAACAUAUGUGUAGUCAGCUACAGCCUGAAAUAACUUAAACGUCCUCCGUAUAGAAAGACAUUGACACAAAUGAAAAUAAGCUGGUUUUUCAUUACAAAACCCAAAGGGGCCUCACAUGAGCUACGUUAUCAUAGCAUAUCCUCACCAGGUCUCAUUCAAAUUAAGUCACUAAAGAAACUCUGCUGGUCCUGUUUUCUUAGACACCUGGUUUACUGUAUAUUUGACCUUUUGCUGGAGUUCCUGCUUCCUGAAUUACCUGAGGACGACUUCCAGAGGAGCCUGCUGCAGACCCUGUGUAAAAACCCAGAGAAGUUGCUGGGGUGAGGAGACAAGCCAACAGGAAGACCCGCAAAUCCAGCACUGAUUUUAUUCAUCCUAACAUCAUCACUCAUCACUGAAUUUGCAGAGAAGCAGAGUGAGAGCGAGGCUGCUCCUGUUCUACUAAUGUUCCUCAGUGAGAGUGGAAGUGAACGUGUCUGGAUGAGACUGAAUGUUCUCUGUCCCCACUUUAAACUCCUGAGGUCAGUCAGUAAUUAUGUGCUGAUGUAUUGAUAUAUGAGGUUCGUGAUCAUGGUGUCCUGUAUACACACACUUAAACACACACUACAUUUGAAGCAGCUUUAAUUAUGUGAGAGCACCUGGUUUGUGUUUGAGCUCAUGUGUCUGACGUGCAGCGCAGUUCUAAACAUGUGGCAAACCGUCAUCCGCUGUCCACAUUCAGCCUCUUCCUGCCUGCUAAACCCCCCAGCUUUGGCUAAACUCUCUUCAGAUGGGUUUCACACACUGUCCUCAUCCCUUCCCACAGUCUCUGGGUAGAAGUCCUCACACCUGUUGCUCUAAACUGGAAAAGCAGGAUUUGCUUUUUCCCCCAACUUAAAUCUCAAAACACUCUAUAGGGAUUUAGAGUCACUGAUUUUUUUUUCAUUCCAGUUGGUGGAAACAGUCUGGGUGUGUGGUUUGUCCAGUCAGGUUUCACUUAGUCUUCAGGUGUGUCCACAAAGCCCACGUCGGCCUGUUGCCUGAUCAGCAGUGACGCAGUGAGAUCUUCCUCCUCACCUGAUUGUCACAGAUUGAAUCACCUGCCUCAACUUUUCCCAGUAUUUAUAAGAUUUUCCUUCCUUCCUGUCAUUACAGUCACCAAUAACUAGAUUUCAUAUUCUAUGACACUGUGUUGAGCCAGUGUAUAAAUUCAGUCCUUUGUCCCCAGAACUGUCUUCAGUUUUACUUCAGUCGCCUUAGAAACCAUCUGAAGAGAGGUUUAGUGGUGUAACCACACAGUCUGCUGUCACUUUAAACGUAUAGGUGAAGGUUUCUGUACUUUUGAAAUUUGCCUUAAUAUCUUACUGCCUUAUUGGACGGUGGUAACACAACAAUCAGAACUUCUUUCCCAGCUGGAUAAAGACACAGAAACUGUUGUAGUUUACUGAAAAAUUCAUCCAAAGUAUUUUACAACUCAGAUCAUUAUUCAUAUCUCUAUCUCAGACAUGUGUGACCCUUACGUCACCACACUGUCUUAAAAUACUGGCUAGCUGCUUUUCACUUGAAGCUGGCCGGAGUGAUGAUGUUGUGUAGAGUAAAUCAGUCUCUGGCUGCACUUUAAUGGUCCAAAAUGUUCUGACUAUUCCAUUUAGUGAAGUUGCAUACUUCUGUGUUUUAUUUUUAGGAGUAUAGAGUCAUCUCCAAAAGGAUUAUAUUGAGAUAAAGAUACGCAGUAUUUUCUCAUUUAAGAUAAAUCAUGUGUGGUUCUGUUUCAUUCCAUCUUGUGAGUGAAAGAAAAAAAAAAGUCAGAUUUUUCAUGUUACUAUCAUUCCAGUGUUUUUGCACUUUCACCAUGGUUUAGUGGUCUCAUCCUUCUUUUAAAUCCCUUUUUUCUUUCCAAUGUGUUAACUUGUGAUUCAGUCUAUUUAUUAACCUAUUUAUUUGCUUGAAAUGCUAAUGAAUGAAAUGCUGAUGACUUAUUGUGAAUUCCAACCACGAAAGGAGGAGUGAGGUGAGAAAGUGCUUUUCCCUGGAUUUUGCCUUACGAGGUGACCUGAUGAAGCAGUGGUGUAGUCGGUGUAACCACAGACCCUGACUAGCACCCAGUUCCAGUUCUCUGUAGUGAAACCGCUGACGCUUUUCAUUUUAUUGUGUCAGAUUGUGCUGAAUGUUGAAGCUGUUACAGUUCUAAUGGUGUAAUGGAGGAUUGUAUUUUAUUCUGAUGAAGGAAUUCCUCUUAUGUUGUUAUGCUAAAUCUGCACAUAUUCACUUGAUUAUAUACACCUGUAUAUUGCUGCCACCAAUAAUAUACAACUUUUUUCCUUUUCCUCUCAUUUUAAAUUUCCUUAUCUAAACUUAUGAAGUGAAGCUCACAACAUACUGUUGAGUGAUUUUGUUCCAUGGCUGGAUGCUCAGUCAUUAGUAGUAGUAACCAGCGUCAGUGGGAUUUUGAAUGAGGUUUUCUUUCUUCUGGAACAGAACCCUGUGGAGUCUGUUUUGCCUCAGAGAGGGGCAGUACGUCGUAUGUAGUGAUAUGUUUUUAUUACGAGACGUUUCCUGUUUAAACAGAGAAUCAUUCGAUAUGUAGUAACAGGCACGAUGUAAUGUCAUAACAGUGUGAAAAAUAUCUUGUUAAAACAUUAAAAGGAUCAUGUUAAAGCCAGGAAUUUUUCCCGUUAUAACAAAAAACAAAAAAACAUAUUCGUCGUGUGGCAGCUUUAUGCUGCUGAACUUAUCUGCUUUAAUCAGGUGUUGAUGAUUGAUGUUCCAACAUGUCAUGGAAAAAAUGCACAGCUCUGUUUGUUCUGGAAGCUUUACCUGUUUACACCAAAUGUUACGUGGAACAGCAACAUUACACAGACAAUUACAACAUAGACACAAAAGAUUAUGCUGAUGUCUUUUACAGUAAUAUGUGAUAUUGUACAGGUCCAGUGUUAAGUAUAAUUCAGUUCCCCUGUCUCCUCUGUCUUUAACACUUCUGUCUUAUUUUCUGUCAGAUCCUGUGUCUGGUGUUUUGUGUGCACUGUGACUUUUGAACACGUGGUUGUGUUGUGCAUGUUAACGCUGUGAAGCUGUGUCUCCAUUGUCUCCAUUGUCUCUCACAGACUGUGUCGCAGUCUUUCUGGUGGUUCCUGCACAUAUUUGCAAACUCAAUAAAGUUUCCAAACAUGAUUUAUUAAAUCUUCA